GUUUGCUCUGAGGGUGGGACACAGGGCUGUUCAGUGUCUUGUAAAACAUUUACCAAAAGCACUGAGCCAUGGUUUUGAAGGGCAUUCCCUUGCCAGACUGUGGGAGGAGAGAGCGAGCAGUGGAAAGAGAGCUCCAGGUGUUUGCCAGGUCUCCACCAGCCGUGGAUGCCUUUGACAUUAUGACUGCAGAAGACUCCACCGCAGCCAUGAGCAGCGACUCGGCCCCUGCGUCCAUGGCCAAGGUGCCCGAGGGCGUGGCCGGCGCGCCCAACGAGGCGGCGCUGCUGGCGCUGCUGGCGCGCACGGGCUACACCAUGGCGCAGGAGAACGGGCAGCGCAAGUACGGCGGCCCGCCGCCCGGCUGGGAGGGCCCGCACCCGCAGCGCGGCUGCGAGGUCUUCGUGGGCAAGAUCCCGCGCGACGUGUACGAGGACGAGCUGGUGCCCGUGUUCGAGACCGUGGGCCGCAUCUACGAGCUGCGCCUCAUGAUGGACUUCGACGGCAAGAACCGGGGCUAUGCCUUCGUCAUGUACUGCCACAAGAAUGAGGCCAAGCGUGCCGUGCGCGAGCUCAACAACUACGAGAUCCGCCCGGGCCGUCUGCUCGGCGUGUGCUGCAGCGUGGACAACUGCCGCCUCUUCAUCGGAGGCAUUCCCAAGAUGAAGAAGCGUGAGGAGAUCCUGGAGGAGAUCGCCAAGGUCACCGAGGGCGUGCUCGACGUGAUCGUCUACGCCAGCGCCGCCGACAAGAUGAAAAACCGCGGCUUCGCCUUCGUGGAGUACGAGAGCCACCGGGCUGCGGCCAUGGCACGCCGCAAGCUCAUGCCCGGCCGCAUCCAGCUGUGGGGCCACCAGAUCGCGGUGGAUUGGGCCGAGCCUGAGAUCGACGUGGACGAGGACGUGAUGGAGACCGUGAAGAUCCUGUAUGUGCGGAACCUCAUGAUGGAGACCACAGAGGACACCAUCAAGAAAAUCUUUGGCCAGUUCAACCCAGGCUGCGUGGAGCGCGUCAAGAAGAUCCGCGACUACGCCUUCGUGCACUUCGCCAGCCGGGAGGACGCCGUGCACGCCAUGAAGAAACUCAAUGGCACGGACCUGGAGGGCUCGUGCCUGGAGGUGACGCUGGCCAAGCCGGUGGACAAGGAGCAGUACUCCCGCUACCAGAAAGCGGCCAAGGGCGGCGGGGUGGCCGAGGGGGCUGCUGUGCAGCCACCCGGCUACGUGUACUCUUGCGACCCCUACACGCUGGCCUACUAUAGCUACCCCUACAACACGCUCAUCGGGCCCAACAGGGACUACUUCAUGAAAGGCAGCCUAAGAGGCCGGGGUCGAGGUGCGGCUGGCAACAGAGCCCCAGGGCCCAGGGGUUCCUACCUCGGGGGAUAUUCUGCUGGCCGUGGUAUAUACAGCCGAUACCAUGAAGGGAAAGGAAAGCAGCAAGAAAAAGGAUAUGAACUUGUACCGAAUUUGGAAAUCUCUACUGUCAAUCCAGUUGCCAUUAAACCUGGUACAGUGGCCAUCCCUGCCAUCGGGGCCCAGUACUCCAUGUUUCAGGCAGCUCCCGCUCCUAAAAUGAUCGAAGACGGCAAAAUCCACGCAAUGGAGCACAUGAUCGGCCCCAUCGCGGUGCAGCCCGACCCAGCCAGCGCUGCCGCCGCUGCUGCCGUCAUUCCUGCGGUAACAACACCGCCGCCUUUCCAGGGCCGCCCAAUAACUCCGGUCUACACCGUGGCUCCAAACGUGCAAAGAAUCCCCGCUGCCGGGAUCUACGGGGCCAGUUACGUUCCCUUUGCUGCUCCGGCCACGGCCACGAUCGCCACACUACAGAAGAACGCAGCCGCGGCCGCCGCGGUCUACGGAGGGUACGCAGGCUACAUACCUCAGGCCUUCCCUGCAGCUGCCAUCCAGGUCCCCAUUCACGACGUCUACCAGACGUACUGAUCUCGGGGGCGCGCGGAGGCCGCCUGGGAGACCACCACUGAAGGACCACUUACUAUUUAUGAAGAAAGAACAUGGGGGCUUGGCGCACACGCGAAACCUGAAAGUGAAGAAUGUAAUCCAGUAUCAUCCAAAAAUAUUUUAUAUACAUGAAGUUUUCACUCGUUUUUUAAGACUGUUUUCAAGGUAGCAGGCCUAUGUUCGUACAUUUCCAAGAGGCUCGCACAGGUUCGUGCCUUAAUGACCAUCUCUGAAACCUUUGUAUGCUGUAGUCCGUUUGUAUAGAGGUUUUUGUUUUUGUAUUUUUUAAGGAUAUAUUUUCAGUAUGAAGGUUAUUUUCUUAACUUCUGCACUCCAGAGAUUUCUAUUUUGUAGUACCUUCAGUAAUAUAUCAACUAUAUAUUAAAAAGCACACUUGAGCAGCUAGGGAAGCAUUUUGAAAAGUAUAGUCAAUAUUUAAAGAUACAAACAGUAGUGCUUUAAAAUACUACAGAAAAUGUUAUUUUAAAAACUAUACUGGAAAGUGCAAUUUUAAAAUGAGUAAAACCUCUAUUUUUUGCUGGCAUUAAGGGUAGACGGUGUUACCAUGUGUUAUCCAUGAUGGUUCUAUUUUUUUUUAUUUAAGAAAUUAAACACUCAGUCUGUCCUUAAGCCAACAUUGAAAAGACUUGUCACACUUCUGAGUCCACACACUGGAAAGCUCUCACCUGCCACCAUCACCUUGGGCCCCUGCUCAUUCUCUGUAUGACUUCACUCUUAAACCCCACGUCCCCUCCACACUCCCCUCCUCACCCCCCUUCUGCCCCCAGCCCCGCCUCCCUUUGUGGCAAGUCUAGAGCAGAUGAAUUUCUCUGGUAGAGAAAACACUGAUGGCUUUUGUACUUCUUCCUGGGAUUUUGUUGUUGUUGUUUUUUAUUUUGGUUGGGGACGUUAUUUUCAAUAGAACUGAUAUGUAAGCACAAGACUUCAAUAGUUUUCAUAAGACAUCUUUGCAUAGCUAUUUAAUUGUCCAGUAUAAACCUUCAGUUCCACUUCUACUGCUUUAUUUUCUUUGUUUUUGAAGUAUGAGUUUGUAGAGACGAUGAAUGUUAUUGUGGCAAGGCCCCCCCCACCUCGAGACUUUUGUUGCAGAAGGUUAAUGCUUCUAGUUGCCUUAUCAUGUUUCUUGCAAAAUGCGGUGUUGGAAAUGGUACGUUUAGGGAGCAGGGCUUUCCUCCCUGGCAGCAUGUGACAGAACUGAGUCCUGAGUCCGGAGAACUGCAUCGGGGCCAGACACACCCGGGAGGAGGAGGAGAGGCCUGCAGGAGUCAAGAGUUUGUAAAUAUCUCCUAAUGCUUUUAGGUUUUUUUUUUAUGUUGCAGAAGUUCAUGGUACAUAGUUUAAUGCAAAAUGAAACCAUUUUAUUUCAAUGUUAUUAAAAGUUUUGUUUUAUUAGGAAGUAAAUAUAUUGUUGCAGUGUUUUGUGCCUGUUUAAAGGCUUUUGCUUAGCAGAGUGAAUGUAAAAUACAGUAAAACAUUAAGAUUGUCAUCUACUUUAUGAAAUACAUCAACUUGGAACUUUUUUAAAGGCUUGAGCAAGGAAGUGAGGUGUGCAAUAGAUAGCCGGAAACACAGUUGUGUUUUUAUGUCAUGUUAUCGAUCCAUGAAAUCUUUCCACUCACUGCAUUUUUGCUGAUGGCUGAAUUCUUAUUUGUGGAUUAGUAAUAGGAUCAUGCCUCUAGCAAAUAUUUUAGUUUUGUCUUUUAAAUUCUAAAUGAAGAGAUUCCCAAAUGCCCCACCCCCACCAGCUGAGGGUGGGAUGAAAUUUUUAUAUAUAUAAGCAAUAUUUAUUUAUUGUGUAAAAUUAUCGAGUGCCUGCAAAGACCUUUAAACAUUCCGAACAUUGCUUUCCACCCUUGUUAAAUGACAUUGAGUAGCUGUGCGAUGUUCCCGAGGAUGUCCCAGCAAGCUGCAUCGAAUCUGUGGGGAUGAAGAAUCCAACAGAAUUCAAUUUGGACCAGAUCCUCACCUCUCGACUUUGUGUGAAAGAAGUGACCUCUUUCCAGUGUAGGACUGUCACAGUGUCACUGGGAGAGACUCGGACCCAGUGGUCUCACUGUAUUUUACAUGUGCCUGUAAAUUAUUGGGGGGGUGGUAAAAAAGGAAAAGAAAAACAGUAUUUUUCUUUUCUUUUAACCCCCCAAAUAAUUUUUUUCUUUUCUUUUUAUUCCCCAUCAACUUCCCCAUAGUUGGGGCAGGGGGAGUAAAAAGGAAAAACAUCUUAAUGUGGCAAAUACCAAACUACCUUACAAACAAAUGCUGGUGACCACUAGCUGUCAGCAAGCCUUUUUUAAAAAAUAUUUUAUUUCUAUUUUAAUUGUUGUUCAAGUACAGUUUUCUGUCUUUUACUCCUAUCCCAGCCCACCCCCACAGUGCUCCCCACCUCCCUCCCAUUUCCACCCUCCUAGUUUUUGUCCAUGUGUCCUUCAUACUUGUUCCUGUAAACCCUUCCCCUUUUCCCCUGAAAUUCACUCCCCUCUGCUCACUGUCAGCCUGUUCUCUAUUUCAGUGUCUUUGGUUAUAUUUUGCUCAUUUGUUUUGUUGUUUAGGAUCCUGUUAAAGGUGAGAUCAUAUGGUAUUUGUCUUUUACCGCCUGGCUUAUUUCGUUUAGCACAAUGCUUUCCAGUCCCAUCAAUGAGCCUUUUCAUUAUUUCUAUCUCAAACCCAUUUCACAUACACUACUGAGGGAAGUUGAUAACUUGAAAUGUGAACUUUUUUUUAGGGUUAAGAACAAACUAUAUAAAUGUUUUAAAAAAACUUUAAGAGUUCUGUUUUCAAACAUGCUAGCAGUUUAGUUGUCUUUAGUUGCUUUGUAUUUGAAAAGACUUUAAAUUUAUUUAGAUCUUGCUCCAUUUACAACACAUUCUUAGGUUGUAUGUAGUAAAUAAAGCUCUUUAAAGCAGUUUCAAGCCC